GAUCCUUCCUCCGUUUUAUUGUUGUUUUAUCUCCCGUUUCUCAGCCUCCAGCCCGAGGGAUUGGGCCUGUCCGCCCCUGCUGGUGUCAGAUGUAAAUGGCCGGGAUCUGGGCUGUUUCAUGUCACAGCAGGGUCUGAGAGGCUGGAGGAGUGGCCAGAGGAACCUAUUUACUGUUACACCCCGCACAACUUCACCCGCGACCAGGCUCUGUAUGCCCGUGGCUACUGCUGGACGGAGCUGCGGGAUGCGUUGCCCGGUGUGGACGCCAGCCUGUGGCCAUCGCUGUUUGAGCACAAGUUCCUGCCGUAUGCACUGCUGGCUUUUGCUGCUAUCAUGUACGUGCCUGCGCUGGGCUGGGAGUUCCUGGCCUCUACCCGCCUCACCUCCGAGCUCAACUUCCUACUGCAGGAGAUUGACAACUGCUACCACCGGGCAGCUGAGGGCCGCGCACCCAAGAUUGAGAAGCAGAUCCAGUCCAAGGGGCCCGGCAUCACGGAGCGGGAGAAGCGAGAAAUCAUCGAGAACGCUGAGAAGGAGAAAAGCCCCGAGCAGAACUUGUUUGAGAAGUACCUAGAACGCCGGGGCCGCAGCAACUUCCUGGCCAAGCUGUACUUGGCUCGGCAUGUGCUCAUCCUGCUGCUCAGCGUGGUGCCCAUCUCCUACCUGUGCACCUACUACGCCACGCAGAAGCAGAAUGAGUUCACCUGCGCGCUGGGCGCGUCCCCGGACGGCCCGGCGGGCGGGGGGCCUGCGGUACGUGUCAGCUGCAAGCUGCCCUCCGUGCAGCUGCAGCGGAUCAUCGCGGGCGUGGACAUCGUGCUGCUGUGCUUCAUGAACCUCAUCAUCCUCGUCAACCUCAUCCACCUCUUCAUCUUCCGCAAGAGCAACUUCAUCUUUGACAAGCUGCAUAAGGUGGGCAUCAAGACACGCCGGCAGUGGCGCCGCUCCCAGUUCUGUGACAUUAAUAUCCUCGCCAUGUUCUGCAACGAGAACCGCGACCAUAUCAAGUCGCUCAACCGGCUGGAUUUCAUCACCAAUGAGAGCGACCUCAUGUACGACAAUGUGGUGCGGCAGCUGCUGGCCGCGCUGGCCCAGUCCAACCAUGACGCUACUCCCACCGUGCGUGACUCGGGCAUCCAGACUGUGGACCCCAGCGCCAACCCCGCGGAGCCCGACGGCUCUGCCGAGCCACCUGUGGUUAAGCGGCCACGCAAGAAGAUGAAGUGGAUCCCCACCAGCAACCCGCUGCCGCAGCCCUUCAAAGAACAGCUGGCCAUCAUGCGUGUGGAGAACAGCAAGGCCGAGAAGCCCAAGCCUGUGCGCAGGAAGACGGCCACCGACACACUGAUUGCCCCAUUGCUGGAUGCAGGUGCCCGUGCCGCACACCACUACAAGGGCAGUGGGGGUGACGCAGGCACUGCCACCGCCCCCGACAAGAAGCACGCACGCCACUUCUCUCUGGAUGUGCACCCCUACAUCCUGGGCACCAAGAAAGCCAAGCCCGAGACAGUGCCCGCUGCCCUGCCUGCCUCCCGCAGUCAGGAAGGUGGCUUCCUGUCACAGGCUGAGGAGUGCGGGCUGGGCCUGGCCACAGCACCCACCAAAGAUACCCCAAUCCCUGAGGAGACUCCGUACCCCACAGAGCCGGCCAGGCCCGGGCUUCCUGCUGGGGGCCCAUUUCAUGUCUGCUCCCCCCCCGCACCCCCCACUGUGGCCCCUCUGUCACCAGCCAGCCUGGGCAAGGCCGAUCCCCUGGCCAUCCUGAGCCGAAAUGCCACCCACCCCUUGCUCCACAUCAACACGCUGUAUGAGGCCCGGGAGGAGGACGAGGGGGGACCCCGGGUGCCUCCGGACAUGGGUGACCUCAUCGCCAUCCCCCCAGCCCAGCAAAUCCUCAUCGCCACUUUUGAGGAGCCCAGAACAGUCAGCUGACCUUUGUAAGGAAUCUGGGCUGGAGUCAGCAUCCUGGUCCUGAAGAAGCAGACAUCACUGCAGGGGCUGGGGACCUGAGCUCUGGCCUCGUGGCCUUGUGAGUUACUCCAGCUUUCCAAAAGCAGGCAGCCAGAGACCUGAAAGGAAGGAUGGAGUGGCACACACCUGUAAUCCCAGCACUCUGGGAGGCUGAGGCAGGAGGGUUGCAGG